AUGAGCCGAACAUGGACGACGGAAGAAUUCUUCCGUACAUACCCAGAGCCUGCGACGCUUGCUGAGCAAACGAAGAAGGUGGAAGAGUUUGUUCAGCGCCAUAAUGCACAAGGCCGCAACGUGGCCUUAGUCACGAGUGGUGGUACUACAGUGCCGUUGGAGAAAAAUGUGGUACGAUUUCUCGACAACUUCUCUGCUGGUACGCGAGGCGCUGCCUCGGCAGAGUACUUCAUCAAGCAUGGCUAUGCGGUGAUUUUCUUAUCUCGGCAGCACAGUCAGUUCCCCUUUACGCGCUGGUACAGUCAUACGACGAACCCCCUCUUUGAUUUGUUGGAGGAGCCCAGCCCUGAAGACGAUACAGUCCAUGUGUGCAGGGAUAAGGAGAGUGAACUCCUUCCAAUCUUACACGCGUACAAUGAAGCCCAACGGCAGGGCCAGCUACUUACUGUGCCUUUUGUGACAGUGACAGAGUAUCUCUUCCUCUUGCGCAAUGUAUCGCUGGCAAUGAAGCCACUGGGCCGACGUGCUAUGUUGUACUUGGCCGCGGCGGUGAGUGACUUUUUCAUGCCGAUGGACCGUAUCUCUGAGCACAAAAUCCAAUCCAGAGAUGGCGCACUCACAUUGGUAUUGGAGCAAGUCCCGAAGGUGCUCGGCACGUUGGUGAAGGAGUGGGUGCCAGAGGCCUAUGUGGUAAGCUUCAAGCUGGAGACAGAAGACCGGCUUCUCAUUCCCAAGGCCGAAAAGUCUCUGCGCAGCUACGGUCAUCAGCUCGUCAUUGGCAACCAACUGCAUCGUCGCAAAUUUGAGGUCGUGCUGGUAGAGCAGAAGCCUUCCUCCGGUUCUACCGAGAAGGAAUUUACAAAUACAUGGAUCCAGCUUCCGCAUACCAACGGUACGCCAGAACAUGAGAUUGAAAGCGACAUUGUUACAGCCCUCGCGACUCGGCAGGACGCAUGGAAACAGGCGCCAUAG